UCCAGCAUGAGUCCAUCAGCAAAGAAGAGGCUCAAGAAUACAGUGGUUUCCAAGAUGCAAGAUGAGGAACCACGGGACAAGAUACAGCAGCCUGUCAGCAAAGUAAUUGCGCGGAACCGACUUAAAGCGGUGCUAAAAAACUUGUCGCUCUUGAAGCUGCUCGAGAGCUCGAACCCUCGGACCCAAGAACUGCAUAACCUGGCCAAAAGGUGUUGGAAUUCACUGUUCAGAGUUCCGAAGAUCCGCAGGGUCUCCUCUGGCCACGAAGACGUCUGGGAUACAGUAGAACAAAAUAACAAAGAUCUUCAGGAGGCUGGGUGUCCCAACAAGAAACUGGACUCCAAGAAAUCAGAGCCCCUGAGGGAGCCUGAGGACCCGGAGCAGUCAAGGCCCAAGGCGGCACUGCGGGAGGGGCACACGGCACAGCAAGCAGUGCCGCACGAGGAGGAGCGGCCGGAGCCUGAGGUCCCCGUGACGUCAAAGGGUCGUGGCCUGCCCACUGGCCCUGGAGCCCAGGAGAGGCAAUCACCCACUGCGGACCCCCGGGUCGUCUUCCUGAAGACCCACCAGUACAGACCUCCCAUGGAGGACAUGAAACAGCUGGACACAGCGGACCAGUGGAUCUGGUGUGAGGGGCUGCCCACACGAGUCCACCUCCCAGGGCCCCGGGUGAUGUGCAGACCAUCCGCCCUGCGCUGGGUCAAGCGCUGCUGCACCCGCCUCUGCUCGGCAUCACUUGAGCUGCCAAUGGCCCGUCCAUACAAGGUGUGAACUUGGAUGGGAGCCAGAGGUGUGCGGAGAGGGCGGAGAUCGCGCAACCAUCUCAACGGGAGGGAUGGGCGGGAAAAUUCCCGAGUCUACAAAUAAAAUCUCCCAUAUGGCGCUGAAGAAUACUGCCGCUGGCUCUGCCUCUUUAUCUGGGGCUGGAGGAAAGAGGCCCUCUGCGGAGGUAAGGUGGGGGAGUGGGGAAGAGUGUGAAUCACGACUUCAGGUUAAUUCCACUCCAUCCCCAGGUCCCUACGGUCAGUGUAGAAGCCGUAACAAAGAAGCAAGCGGGCUGCUCCCCUCCCCCGCCUCUGCAAGCUGGCAUCCUGAGCGGUGCUCUCCAUGAAGUCAUAGAAGGGGGGCGUUGGUUGUGCGCUUCCUGGGUGCCAGGUGCCUCACAAUGGCCCUGCAGGCCAAGGAGAGGAGGAAACCACCGCGGCGCCGAGAAGCUAAGGUCUUGCGCAGGCUCACGCCGCUGGGAAGUGGCACAGCAAGAACUCUAAUCUAGGUCUCCUGGCUGCUCCCCGUUCCAUUUCCCGAAGAAGGGGGAAAGGUGCAACUCAGCAUCCAGCCCGUCACGCACGUGCAUUGCGCCCUGAUUAUCACGGCUCCGGGUGUCAAUAAAUGCCAGCCGGAAAUGUGAAAUGUGCCCCGCCUGGGUCACGGAAAGCACCGAGUCAGGCGGGGAACUGGUACUUCGUCCUGCUGCUCCCGUGGGACACAGCGCGUCCAUCCUCCAACCCCGAGUCCGAGACAGGCUGUGUGCAGCGGGCGCCCGCGGGAAAGCAGCAGAGCCAUCGAGGGGCGCAGAGCCCUCCACCCGCACUCCCAGGGAGCCAGGACACUGAUGGAGAUCCUCAGAUUGGGAGGGAGAGAGAAGGAUGGGAAAGGCUCCCGCUAAACCGGCCGGCUCGCACCCCUCCUCUCCACUGGGGCUCAGCACCCUGACUGAGCAUCCGCCAGGAGGCCGCCAGCGGAAACCGGGCCGCGAGAACAGCCUGAGCGGGGCCUGGCGCUGGACCGCUCUGCACCGCACUGCUCAGCCUCGGGAAUGGCGACCUAACGCCCCCCGCAGCGCGCUCCCUACCUGCGGCCACCCAGGCGCGGCGCUCCCGUCCCGAGCACCCCACCCCGCCCCCUCCGCGCAACCUCCACUCCCGUAACCUUCACUUCAAGCUGUCUUCCCGCUAAGCUUGCAAUCCAGCCCAUUUCCUGGGUAGUCUCCAUUUCAGUUCCCUUGCUGGGCAUCAUCAAUCACAUCAACCUUCUAUUCGAUCUUUCCUCCCAAGCACCUUCCGUUCCAUCAACCUUCAAGUAAAGUUCUGUCCAGCGUGCUCUAGCAGCGGGCGAUUAGGGCAGGGCACUCCCAAACAAAAAGCCAAACCCUG